AUGGCAACCUCCGGAUUGGUGAUAGUGAUAUGCACGAUCACGAAUUAUGCAAGAGCUGUCUGUAACUCCAUUAUGCUGACAGUGCCACUGGUCACCACUUUUUGUUAUCCGAAAGAAGCACCCCCGAGAGAAGAUAUGAUCAUCUACUGGAGCAUUUUUGGCAUUCUCACACUUGGCGAUCAUGAAUUAGAAAAGAUUCCUCUCUAUUACGAUUUCAAGCUUUUAUUUGCUCUCAUGCUUUUCUUGGAACCUUCUAGACUGGUUGACAGGAUCAGAGAGAUGAUUUAUGGAAAGGUAGCUGAUGAAAAUCGGAUAUUCAACAAGGAUGAAAUGGAUGCACUCAGUGGGAAACACUCUCCUAGACCAGAGAAGCCAAAAAACAGCUCGUUUCCAUAUGAGCACUACGAAAAAGUGUUAAAGAAGGAGCGAAAAAUUAAUACUAGUGAAAUUAAGGAGGAAGAGGAGAAGCAUCCCAGAGAUACCAGUUGGAGGGAAAGAAUCCGCUUCNUGGAACCUUCUAGACUGGUUGACAGGAUCAGAGAGAUGAUUUAUGGAAAGAUAGAAUUCGAGCAGUCGAGUUCUGGCAUUGGAGUAUCAUCUCAGCCUGGAAAUGGAGCAAGGACAGCAGAAAGCACCAAGACCGCAAUCCCAUGUGCACAUGGAGAUGAGUCAAAGAAGGAAGGAAGCACUAGGACUGCAAUCCCAUCUGAACCUGGAGGUGAAUCAAAGAAGGAAGAAUGCACUAAAACUGCAAUCCCAUCUGAACCUGGAGGUGAAUCAAAGAAGGAAGAAUGCACUAAAACUGCAAUCCCAUCUGAACCUGGAGAUGAGCUCAAGAAAGAAGGAAGCACUGAGGCUGCAACCCCAUCUGGACCUGAAGGCGAGCAGAAAAAAGGCGAGAGCACACACACUGCAAUACCAACGACUCCAGGAGAAGGACAGGAACCCAGUGGUGAGACUCCCAAACAGAAGAAGAGCGAGUACUGUGAAGCCUCAGGGAAUGGUGGGGCACUUCCUACUACAAGCGCUACUGACAUGCAGGGUGUUGAACGAAAUAGAGAGAAAAAUCCUAUGGAAUCUGACGACUUUUACAAAAUUUCUGAUGGUCUCGGUAUAGAAAACGUUACAAUCAAUCCAGCUGUUAACAUUCAUGAAGUCAUAUUCCGUCCAUUAGAUCGCCUGGUUUUUAACGCUCCGUUCGAUUUCGAUAACGUCACCUACCACAUGACCAUCAUGAACAACACCAUACAUCCGAUGGCGUUCGCCAUUAAAGGAAACUGUAUUCCUCGAGUGACUGCAUAUCCACCAUACGGAAUUCUGAAGAGCAGAGAAAAAAUUAACGUCGCCGUUACAAUGAGAAUAAUUCCAUCGAUGAAAUUCAAACAUUCAGGUGUUGAACGAAAUAGAGAGAAAAAUCCUAUGGAAUCUGACGACUUUUACAAAAUUUCUGAUGGUCUCGGUAUUGAAAACGUUACAAUCAAUCCAGCUGUUAACAUUCAUGAAGUCAUAUUCCGUCCAUUAGAUCGCCUGGUUUUUAACGCUCCGUUCGAUUUCGAUAACGUCACCUACCACAUGACCAUCAUGAAUAACACCAUACAUCCGAUGGCGUUCGCCAUUAAAGGAAACUGUAUUCCUCGAGUGACUGCAUAUCCACCAUACGGAAUUCUGAAGAGCAGAGAGAAAAUUAACGUCGCCGUUACAAUGAGAAAAUUCGAUCAUGAAACUAUGGGAGACAAAGAUCGUAUUGUCUACGAAUGGGUGCUGUUGAAGAAACCGGAGACAAAAUUCCGUCCUGAUAUGCUCAGAGUUCGAUAA